AUCCUCCUCUCUCCAGUACAACCCUUCCCUUCCCCCCUAGGGUUUAGUCUAUAAUAUAACCAGAUCUCCCGCCGUCGGACACCGAAUUCCGUCGAUAUGAUGCAUCAGUCAGCACCCGGAGGAGUGGUACCGCCGCCGCAGGUGGUUGGUGACCAGCAGCAGGCGCAGCAGCAGUACCAGCAGCCAACGCCACAGCAGUGGAUGAUGAUGCACCAGCAACAGCAGGCGCCGCCCCAGCCCGUUCCUCCUCCUACCGGUUGGACCCCGCAGGCGGUUCCUCCUACUCAGAUGCAGCAGUACCAGGCAGCGCAAGGCCUGGUAGGCACUGGUGAGAUCCGGUCGUUGUGGAUCGGUGACUUGCAGCAUUGGAUGGACGAGAAUUAUCUUACUGGCCUCUUUGCUCAUACUGGAGAGGUGCUUUCUGCUAAGGUUAUUCGCAAUAAGCAAACUGGUCUUGCAGAGGGGUAUGGCUUCAUUGAGUUUGUUAGUCGUGCUGCAGCUGAGAGGGUUCUGCAAACAUAUAAUGGAACAAUCAUGCCAAGUACUGAGCAGCCUUUUAGAUUGAAUUGGGCUUCGCUUGGCCCUGGUGAGAAGCGUCAGGAUGAGGGCCCUGAUCAUACAAUCUUUGUUGGAGAUUUGGCAGCCGAUGUUAAUGACUACAUGCUACAAGAGACAUUUAAAGUGGUUUACCCAUCUGUGAAGGGUGCUAAAGUGGUAACAGAUAGGAUCACCGGGCGGUCUAAGGGCUAUGGUUUUGUAAGGUUUGGUGAUGAAAAUGAGCAAAUUCGUGCCAUGACCGAAAUGAAUGGAAUGUUAUGUUCCACUAGGCCGAUGCGAAUUGGACCAGCUGCAAAUAAGAAACCUCUAACCACACAGCAGUAUCCAAAAGCUACCUACCAGAAUAUACAAGGAAAUCUUGGGGAGAAUGAUCCAAAUAACACAACAGUAUUUGUUGGGGGUCUGGAUCCCAGUGUCACAGAGGAUCAAUUGAAGCAAGUUUUUAGCCAAGUUGGUGAGCUGGUACAUGUGAAAAUACCAGCUGGCAAGCAUUGUGGUUUUGUUCAAUUUGCCAACAGAACUACUGCAGAGCAAGCAUUAUCUGCAUUGAAUGGGACUGUUUUGGGAGGAAGAAAUAUUCGGCUUUCAUGGGGGCGUAGUCCUUCAAGCAAACAGGGUCAAUCAGAUCAAACCCAGUGGAAUGGUGGUUAUUAUGGGUAUCAAGGAUAUGAAACAUAUGGUUAUGCACCUCCUGCCCAAGAUCCUAACAUGUAUUACGGGGGCUAUCCUGGUUAUGGGAAUUACCAGCAACCAGGGGCUUACCAACAACCACAGCAGUGAUGUUGUUGUUGCCGUAUGAAGCCUUGAAGGUUGUUGACCAGUUCCAGCGAGUGGAUUUUAGGUUGUUGGUUGGUUCUUCACUCAGUGCUGUACAAUGCAGGGUCGUUGAUUUGGGUUUGAGAGAACAAUUUUUUUUUUCUCUUUUUAAUUGAUCUCUGUGCUUUUCUGUUUGUGGUGAUUUGUUCUAGUAUUGAUGGCAUUUUAGUGGAUGUGUUACCAUUUUAUUAUAAACUGAGUUAGUGGCAUUUGGAUUGAUGUUUUUUUAAUGGUUAUGCAUCGCAUUGCAUUGCAACCUAU